AUGACACGCUUUUGCUUUUUCAUUCUUUUUUUUAUACAUUCUCUUUUUCAUUUCUUCUUUUCUUCGCCCGUUCUCUCUUCUUUCUUUCUUUCUUUCUUUCUAUUUCAUUUUUUCUUUUAUCUUUCUUUCUUUCCAUAUUUUCUUCAUUUUCUUGUCAUUUCUUUUUCUUAUUUCAAGUUUUGCUUUUUCAUUCUUUUUUCUACAUUUUCUCUUUCUUUCUUUCUUUCUUUCUUUCUUUCUUUCUUUCUUUCACGCCUUUUUCAAUUCUCUUUCUUUCUUUCUCUUCUUCUUUCUUUCUUCCUUUUUAUUGCCUUCUCCCUUUCUUUCUUUCUUUCUUUCUUUCUUUCUCAAUUUUUUGUUUUUUCUUUCUUUCUUUAUACACUCCCUUGCUUUUCUUUAUUCUUUCUUUCCUCCUAUCUUUCUUUUUCUAUCUUGCUUUUUCAUUCUAACUUCUACAUUCUCUUUUUUAUUUUCAUAUUGUCUUUUCUUUUUGUUCUCUUUCGUUCUUUCUUUCUCUCCUUUUUCAAUUUUAAUUCUUUUCUCCUAUAUUCUCUUUCUUAUUUUUCUUUCUUUCUUUCUUUCUUUUCUUCUUUUUUUCUUUAUUUAUUUCUUUCUUUCUUUUCUUGUUGCUUUAUUUUCUUCUCUCUUUCCUUAUUUCUUUAUUUUUUCCCCAUUUUUUCCAUUGUUUUUUCUUCUUUCUUUCCUUCUCUCUUUCUUUCCUUCUAUCUUCUCUUCUUUCUUUCUUUCUUUUCUUCUUUCUUUCUUUCUUUCUUUCUUUCUUCAGUCACGUCGUCGUCUGUUGACAAAACAAUGGGCAAAUGA